AUGUAUGGGAUAUUUCAGAAUGCAGUGACCUGUGAUGAUGUACAUGUCAACUUCACUUGGGAAGAGUGGACUUUGCUGGAUCCUUCCCAGAAGAAUCUCUACAAAGAUGUGAUGCUGGAGACCUACAGGAACCUCAGUAUUAUAGGGUACAGUUCAGAAGACCAUAAUAUUGAAGAACAUUGUCAAAAUUCUAGAAGACAUGAAUGUCAUCUUCAAAUGCAUGAGAGAAAGCAUACUGCAGAAAAACCCUAUGAAUGUAAUCACUGUGGUAAAGCCUUUGCAUAUCAUAGUCAUUUUCAAAUGCAUGAAAGAACACAUACUGGAGAGAAACCUUAUGAAUGUAAUCAGUGUGGUAAAGCUUUUGCACAGCACAGUCAUCUUCAAAAGCAUAAAAGAACACAUACUGGAGAGAAACCUUAUGAAUGCAAUCAAUGUGGUAAAGCCUAUGCACAGCACAUUCAUCUUCAAAUGCACGAAAGAACACAUACUGGAGAGAAACCCUAUGAGUGUAACCAGUGUGGUAAAGCCUUUGCACAAUACAGUCAUCUUCAGAAGCAUUCAAGGACACAUACUGGAGAGAAACCCUAUGAAUGCAAUCAUUGUGGUAAAGCCUAUGCACAUUACAAUACUCUUCAAAUUCAUGAAAGAACACAUACUGGAAAGAAACCCUAUGAAUGUAAUCAGUGUGGUAAAGCCUUUACACAACACAGUCAUCUUCAAAUGCACAAAAGAACACAUACUGGAGAGAAACCCUAUGAAUGUAACCAGUGUGGUAAAGCCUUUGCACAGCAGAGUCAUCUUCAAAGGCAUGAAAGAACACAUACUGGAGAGAAACCCUAUGAAUGCAACCAGUGUGGUAAAGCCUAUGCACAGCACAGUCAUCUUCAAAUGCAUAAAAGAACACAUACUGGAGAGAAACCCUAUGAAUGUAUUCAAUGUGGUAAAGUCUAUGCACAUCACAGUACUCUUCAAGUUCAUGAAAGAACACAUACUGGAGAGAAACCCUAUGAAUGUUAUCAUUGUGGUAAAGCCUUUACACAACACAGUCAUCUUCAAAAGCAUAAAAGAACACAUACUGGAGAGAAACCCUAUGAAUGUAAGCAAUGUUGUUAA